UACCUUUUUCCCUUUUAUUUCUCUUUCCCCAUUUAAUUCAAUCCCCGUCACCUUUUAAUUUCUCCUAUAAAAUGUACCAUUCUAAUUCCCUUUUCUCUAACUCAUUAUUUAUUUCUUACAAGAGUAACGAAGAUAGGAGGUAUAUACACUUGUUCUUCUGUGAUCAAUCUCAUUCUUUUCACUUUAUUUAAGAGAUUAACGUACCUUAAAUUGUUCCAAAAGUCUAUCAUGGGAAGCCUUGAUUCCAAUAACAGCUCUCCAACACAUUCCAACGUUCCGAAAUUCAACCCGCUUGACCCGGAAGAAUUCCGGACCCAAGCCCAUCAAAUGGUGGACUUCAUUGCUGAUUACUAUAAGAAUAUUGAGACCUACCCGGUUCUAAGCCAAGUCGAACCGGGUUAUCUCCGUACUCAAUUACCCGAAAAUGCCCCCUACUGCCCCGAACCAUUCGAGGCAAUUAUGAAAGAUGUCCACAACCAUAUUGUCCCGGGUAUGACCCAUUGGUUGAGCCCGAAUUUCUUCGCAUUUUUUCCAGCUACUGUUAGUUCCGCAGCGUUCAUUGGUGAAAUGCUUUGCAAUUGUUUCAACUCCGUCGGGUUUAACUGGCUGGCUUCUCCAGCCAUGACGGAGUUGGAAAUGAUAGUCAUGGACUGGCUCGCUAAUAUGUUGAAAUUACCAAAAGCCUUCAUGUUUUCUGGCACGGGUGGUGGUGUACUUCAAAGUACAACCAGUGAAGCAAUCCUAUGCACGUUAAUCGCUGCACGUGAUCGUAAACUCGAUAACAUAGGCGUCGAUAACAUCGGAAAGCUUGUAGUCUAUGGUUCUGAUCAAACGCAUUCUACGUAUACCAAAGCCUGCAAGGUAGCUGGUAUUUUACCAUGCAAUGUUCGUGCGGUACCAACUUGUAUUGAAAGCGAUUUCGCUUUAUCUCCCGCAGUUCUACGUGGAAUUAUUGAAGCUGAUGUUGCUGCUGGACUUGUCCCGCUUUUCCUCUGUGCUACUGUUGGGACCACUUCCACUACAGCCGUCGAUCCUCUCAGCCAGCUGGGUCAGCUGGCUGAGGAAUUCGACAUUUGGCUUCACGUGGAUGCUGCUUAUGGAGGGAGCGCAUGUAUAUGUCCAGAGUUUAGACGAUACCUCGAUGGAAUUGAACGAGCUAACUCGUUGAGCCUAAGCCCUCAUAAGUGGCUUCUAAGUUACUUAGAUUGUUGUUGCAUGUGGGUGAGAGAACCAAACGUGUUAGUCAAGGCAUUGAGCACGAAUCCUGAGUACCUACGAAAUAAACGAUCCGAAUACGACUCGGUUGUGGAUUACAAAGACUGGCAAAUCGGUACGGGACGAAAGUUCAAGUCUCUCCGAUUAUGGCUCGUCAUGCGUAGUUAUGGCGUAGCCAAUCUUCAGAGUCACAUCAGGUCCGAUGUUCGUAUGGCCAAAAUGUUUGAAGGGUUCAUUAGGUCUGAUCCGAGGUUUGAAGUUGUUGUGCCACGACGUUUUUCACUCGUGUGCUUCCGAUUCAACCCUAAUAAGGAACAUGAACCGGUGUAUAUCGAAGUUUUAAACAAGAAAUUACUUGAUAGUGUUAAUUCAACGGGUCUGGUUUACAUGACUCACACAAAAGUUGGUGGAAUAUACAUGUUAAGGUUUGCAGUAGGUGCUACUCUCACGGAGGACAGACAUGUAAUUUCAGCUUGGAAGUUGAUUAAGGAGUCGGCAGAAGGUUUGCUGAGAAAAAGUCUGUUUUAAUUAAAAAAUAAAAGAAGAAGAAUAUAUGUUUGGAUUUGUGCAUGUUUAUGUAUGUAUUUGCAUUUGUGAUUGUUUUGUAAAUUCGGACAAAUAAGUCAAAACAAUCUGCAGUUGUUGUAAUAUAUAUAAUAUAGUUCUCUUAAUAUUUGUAUCAAGAUUAAUCUAUCAGCUCUUUGGUGGAAUAAAUAAUGAAAAAGAGGGUAUCUUUUUAUUCUUUGAUA